AUGGACGGAGAACCGUUCAUAGCAGACGUCAGGGUGAACGGCACAGACUUCGUGCCAUCUCUUGUCGACUAUGGCUGCCUCUGCUACGGCGCGGUUAGCAAGCGCACAUUUCACUCUCUCCAGUUGCCACAUAUACGCGUCCAGCCGCGCAUCUUGGAGAAUGCAGCGGGAGACGGCAAGGAGGUCAAAAUCGACAAGAUCACGUAUGUGUCGAUCGACCUCGAUGGACAUCAGCAGCAUCGUGUUUUCAUGUACGUCAUCGACGAUCUGAACUGGGAUAUGAUCCUGGGUAAACGAUGGAUGGAAGACCAGGAUGUUCACAUCCAUGCGAAGGAAGGAUAUCUCGAGAUCGGGUCCAAUGGAGUUCAAUACCACAAGUGGUCUCGAGCUUUCUCUCAGCAACUGGCCGACCAGCUGCCCCCUCAUCGGCCAGGUGUGGACCUGAAGAUCGAAGUGCUGAAAGACGAGCAUGGCCGAGAGAAGCCCCUACCCUGGGGACCGCUUUACAGCAUGUCCCGCGAGGAGCUAUUGGUACUACGGAAGACUCUCACAGAACUACUCGACAAGGGAUUUAUUAGAGUCAGCAGCUCGCCAGCCGCGGCACCAGUCCUUAUGAGGGACCGCUAUCCCUUGCCCUUACUGAGCGAGACCUUGCGAACGAUAGCCAAGGCAAGGUGGUUCACCAAGGUAGAUGUUAUAGCAGCGUUCCAUAAGAUCAGGGUCGCCCCCGGCGACGAGGAAAAGACAACUUUCAGAACGCGCUAUGGAUCCUUCGAAUGGCUGGUAGUUCCAUUCGGCCUGACAGGCGCACCAGCAGCCUUUCAGCGGUACAUUAACAGCGCGCUCCAGGAUUACCUAGACGAUUUUGUGUCAGCAUAUAUCGACGAUGUCCUGAUCUUCUCCUCUGGAAGCCUGCAAGACCACCGCGACAAGGUCGGCAAGGUCCUCCAACGACUGAUGGACGCCGGGCUGCAACUGGAUAUCAACAAGAGUGAAUUCGAAGUCAAGGCUGUGAAAUACCUUGGGUUUAUCAUCGAGGCGGAGUGUGGGAUCCGAGUCGACCCUGAGAAGGUUGAGGCUGUGAAGGAAUGGGCAACCCCGACGAAUGUUAAGUCCGACGUGCCAUUCCGUUGGGAUGAAUUGUGCGAAGAAGCCUUCGAGAAGCUCAAGGACUUGUUGAUCACGGCCCCGAUCCUUGCACACUUCCAUCCAGAAAGGGAGACUAUCGUGGAAGCAGACGCUUCAGGAUUCGCGUCGGGAGGCAAACAUUCGGCAGCCGAAGCGAACUACGCUAUCCAUGACAAGGAGCUACUCGCCAUUCUCAGAUGUUUGGAGCAGUGGGAACCAGAGCUACGGGCAGUAGAGCACUUCAAGAUCCUAACGGACCACAAGAACCUGAGGUACUUCUACUCGGAAAGGAGGUUGACAGAGACAAGUGCGGUGGUCGGAGUUCCUGUCCAGGUUCCAAUUCGAGCUCGAAUGGAGGCCGGGCCGCAAGGGCGGAUUGCCUGA